GGCAGUACCGAAAACUAUCGUAACACAAGUGUUGGUGUUUCGAUAUAUCGAUACGAUAUUAUCAGCCCUACAAACAUUGCGAAGAACAAGAAGAAAAAGGCUCUUCCUCUUUCUUUUAUUUCCGCCAUUGCCUGAGAUAGUUGGAAAAAUAUGGGCAAACCUAGAGGUCUGCGCACUGCCAGAAAGCAUGUGAACCACCGUCGCGACCAGCGUUGGGCCGACAAGGACUACAAGAAGGCUCAUUUGGGUACCAGAUGGAAGGCCAAUCCCUUCGGUGGUGCAUCCCACGCCAAGGGUAUUGUGCUUGAGAAGGUUGGUGUUGAAGCCAAACAGCCCAACUCUGCCAUCCGCAAGUGCGUGCGAGUGCAGCUCAUCAAGAACGGCAAGAAGAUUACCGCAUUCGUGCCCCGUGACGGUAGCUUGAACUACAUUGAGGAGAACGACGAGGUUUUGGUUGCCGGUUUCGGUCGUAAGGGUCAUGCCGUCGGUGAUAUUCCCGGUGUCCGUUUCAAGGUCGUCAAAGUUGCCAACGUCUCCCUGUUGGCACUUUACAAGGAAAAGAAGGAGCGCCCAAGAUCUUAGAUGACGAUACAUCUAUCAUUUUCCAGAGUUAGGGUUUUACAAAACUAAAUAAACAAGAAAAAAAAAACAAAA